CUCGCAGCGAGGGGUUUGACUUCCAUUUCCUCCCAGCGGCUCUGUAGGCUCGCGGGGGUGGGGCGCCCGCCGUCCGUGUGUGGUUUUGGGGUAGUAACCUCUUCUAGGGCGGCCGCCCGCCUCCACCCUCCGCGGCGGCCGUGACGUCGCGGGCGAUGCCUCGUCCCCGCCCGGCCUAUAAAGCGGCAGGUGCGCGCCGCGCCUCCGGAAUGUUCGCACACCUUGUGCCUGCGCCCGGGUCGGAACCGAGAGAUCGGAGGCGAGCUCCAGGGGCUGCAGCCCGCGCCCGGCCGGGCCUGCGGGCAGAGCCGCACACCCCGCCUUGUCCCCUCUCUCCCACCCCCUCCUCCUCCAGCCCGCAGCUCCGGCCGAGUUGCCCCAGAGACCGCGACGCCGCCGCGCCGAGGGACCAAUGAGAGCCCCGCUGCUGCCGCCGGCGCCGGUGGUGCUGUGGCUCUUGAUCCUCCGCUCAGCCCAUUUUGCUGCUGGAUUGGACGUCAAUGACACUUACUCUGGGAAAGGGGAACCAUCUUCUGGGGACCGCAGUGCUGAUGGAUUUGAGGUGACCCCAGGAAGCAAGAUUUCCCCUGUGAGUGAAACGCCUUCUGGUAGCGAACUGUCCCUGGGGAUCGACUAUGACUAUGCAGAAGAGUAUGAUAACGAACCACACAUAUCUGGCUACAUCGUAGAUGAGUCAGUCAGAGUUGAACAGGUAGUUAAGCCCAAGAAAAACAAAACAGAGAGUGAAAAGACUUCAGAUAGACCCAAAAGAAAGAAAAAGGGAGGCAAAAAUGGAAAAAAUAGAAGAAACAAAAAGAAGAAAAAUCUGUGUGAUGCAGAAUUCCAAAAUUUCUGCAUUCAUGGAGAAUGCAAAUAUAUAGAGCCCUUGAAAGCAGCAACAUGCAUAUGUCAUCAGGAUUACUUUGGUGAACGGUGUGGGGAAAAGUCCAUGAAGACUCAUAGCCUGAUUGACAGUGAUUUAUCAAAAAUUGCUUUAGCAGCCAUAGCUGCCUUUGUCUCUGCUGUGAGCUUCACAGCAAUUGCUGUUGUUAUUACAAUCCUGCUUCGGAAACGAUACUUCAGGGACUGCGAGGGAGAAGCUGAAGAGCGAAAGAAACUCCGACAAGAAAGUGGAAAUGCACAUGCCGUAGCAUGACUGGAG